GUUGCCGCUACGCAAUGUCAACCAAAGUGGCCAUUCCGUUUGGCUCGGGCGGAUGAAUGUCAAUCGAAUUGGCGCGCUCACGUACGUACUUGCCGUCUCUCUUCUUUCCCAGGGGCCGCCGCCGCGGCCGCGGACGCAGAGGCCUCCGAGAAGCAGGCCGUCGCCGAGGUCGCCGUCGACGGACCGGCGGCGACAGCCUCGAGCAGGCUGCGGACGAGGGCCGCCUUCUGGAUCCUCGGGCUGUGCAACAACUAUGGCUACGUGGUGAUGAUAUCCGCCGCGUACGACAUCCUCGACAAGAACUUCGGGCUGGCGGAGGCCGUGCCAGUGCCCGGGCCGCGACACUGCAACCUCCUCUCGACGGGUGCCAUCCUCCUCGCCGACAUCCUGCCCAGCCUGGUCGUCAAGUCCCUCUCGCCGUUCAUGCCGCUCUGGAUAAACCUGCGGCUCUCCCUGGUCGUGGCCUACAGCGUGGUCGGCUUCACCCUGGUGGCGCUGGCGGGCGAGCUGUGGGUGGCUCUGCUCGGGGUGGCCGUCAUGUCCGCGGCGCAGGGGCUGGGCGAGGCGACGCUGCUCUCCUACACCGCCUUCUUCAAGGACAAGAGCGUCAUCGCCAUGUGGUCGUCCGGGACGGGCGCCGCCGGCGUGCUGGGCUCCGUCUCGUACCUCGGGCUGUCGUCGCUGUUCAGCCCGCGGGACUCGAUCCUGUUCAUGAACGUGGCCCCUGCGGCCACCGUGUUAGCCUUUUGGGGGCUGCUCGUGCGCCCGCGUAUCGACGCCAAGGACGAGCAGCACGACGCCAAGGAGAAGGUCAAGGACGGCGUCCCCAUGUUCGCAUCCACCGCGUCCUUCACCGACAAGCUGGGCGACAUCCCGCCGCUCCUCAAGUACAUCUGUCCCCUGUUCGCCGUCUACUUGUUCGAGUACUUCAUCAACCAGGGCUUGUACGAGCUGAUCCGGUACGACGUGGAGGGGCUGUCGCCGGCGCAGCAGUACAAGAUGUUCCAGGCGCUGUACCAGAUCGGCGUGUUCGUGUCCAGGUCCUCGGGCGGCUACAUGCCCAUCGACCGCAUGUGGAUCCUGGCCAUGCUCCAGGCCGCCAACGUGGUGUACUUCACGCUCGAGGCGAUCUACCAGUUCUCCGGGUCGGUGUGGGUCGUCGCGGUGCUGGUGGUGUGGGAGGGGCUGCUGGGCGGCGCCGCCUACGUCAGGACCUUCUUCUGCAUCUCCAACAAGGUGGAGCCCGAGAAGAGGGAGUUCUCCAUGGCGAUCUCCUCGGUCGCGGACGCGCUCGGCAUCUCGGCCGCCGGGCUGCUCGCCAUCCCCGCGCACAACCUGCUGUGCGCGCUGCCCUUGGCCGGCGCCGGCCUGCGGCUCAGUCGGUGAGGCGCGCGAGGUGCGUGCUUCCGUGAGAAACGCGUGCCAGCGCAGCUAGCGCCGCCCGGGCCCGGCCGACGGUGCAGCGUGAAGUGCGGCGCAAGUGAUACCGCUAGGCCUACGGCAGCUGGCCUGCCUCACGGCCGCUCGUUUACAUACGUACUCUGUGAGAGACGCCAAGUGACAUGCACCGGCGCUGGCUAUCGCUGGAGCUGCCGCUGACCCCAUACUCGGACGGCGCGCGCCGUACCUGCUGGACCCAGGUGCAGCACGGGCGCGCGCCGCCGGCGCACAGAGCGCCGGGCCGGUAGGCAGCCCAACCGGCACCACCGCGGCGCGGGCUACAGACUAGUGAUACGAGAGAGUGUCGAUGUGUGGGGGUGUGUGUG